UUUGUCUCAUCUGUGGACACGUGAAGCGCCACAGUCCUUAGUUGGGAAAUUUGACAACAUCACCGCAUGUCUUCUUCAAAAUUCCGUGGCCCUUUUGUUCUGUUUCCUUAAGAGUGACAGUGCCAGCGUGCAUCGUGGCGCGAGCUGUAUCUCGUCCACUGAGGACCGGAGGAGUAGGUGAAUUCUGCGCCAUAGACGGAGGCGUUCGUAUUGAGUGGCUCCCAUCAGUGGCUUUACAACUGCGCAAUAGGAAAGCUGAAUCACUCAUCCCGACUGUUUCGCUACUCAAAUGUUUUCCAUCUUCGUUUGUCAGAGUGGGUGGUGGCAGGUAACGAGAGGUGAAAAAUGGCACCGCCUUUGUAGACACCCUAUCAGACACCUACAAUUGAGUAGCACUUUCUGUGGGCCAAUAGCAGAGAGCGAUGCAUCCACACCUAGGACAAGGGUGGGCCAUAGGAGAAGAGGACAGAAGAUGAGAUGUCAGCUAUAGCCAAUGGAAGACAUGGUUUGAUUGACUUGCAGAAGAUGAAGUCCAACUAAGCCAAUAGCCUCCAAGAUGAGCAGAGGGAGUGGACGCCUGUUCUGUUUAACAGGACUUCAGGCUGAAGCUGAAUCUGAAGUGGGCUGCUGCCUCUGUCCCUGAGUGAGUGGUGUCUUCACACCGAGAGCACACAGACGGUGUCCCCUCCUCCCUCUCUCUCUCACAGCACUCAGCAGCAAGGCUGAAUGUAUCACCCAGCAGAGCAGUAUCAUGGACGUAACACCAGGGACUCCUACCCUGCUGGAGGACCUCACAGAGGAACAUGGGCCCCCGUCAACAGUCGCCCCUGGGGCCCUCCAAACAGGUACACCGGAGGAAUCAACCAAUCCCAGCACGUUAACAAGAUUUAUGACAGAGGGGCCAGGCCCUCCUUCCAUGUCCAGGGAAGGGACCCUCAGAGGGACCAGAGACCAGCAACACGACCCUGGGCCCAGAAAGACCAGGCUUAUGAGACCCAGGGCUGGCACCAGGACUCCCCACAGUCAUUUCAAAACCAUGGCCGCAACCAGGGAGGCUACCAAACAGGACCGGGGGAACCCUACACCAUCUGGGACUUUUACAACAACCAGCCUCCCAGAUAUGGGGGUCCCCACCAGCACCAACGGCCCAGAGAUCCCCCCGGAGACCUGGGCUCCCCAGCAGAGAGGUGGGCCACCUCAGACCGCUCCAGGGCCUUCCCAGGCAGGAUGAUAGACCAGGGACCAGGACCAUGGAAGCGCCCGCCCCCCCACAAGCACCACCGUGGCCAACCUCCACACCGCUCCCCACACUCACAGCACUCUCCGCCCCCCAAGGAAGACUGCCCUGCCAAGAGGAGCAGGAGCUCUGGCCCUGAGCAGCCCUCUCACCGUGGCUCAAAGCAUUUAUCUGGACCAGACCAGCCACACUCACCACCCCACUACCUCCCUCCCAAACAAGGUUUCUGGAACCAAUCAUAUGACAGACCUGGUUCUCGCACCCAUGCUGACAGGAGGACCUCGUCUACCGAGUUACAAGAAUCCAUCAAGUCAAGAUUAGGGCGUUUCAACUAUAGUACACAUCAUUCUACCCAUAGUCCAGUUCCCCAGGUCCCCUUCGAUGGUCAAGGCCCCCCUCCUUCCUCCUAUCCCCGCCACCCUCCUCCAUCCCAGCCCUGUGGCGGUAGCAGACCCCCCCACCAUGGAUCCUGGGUGGAGGUGUAUGGCCAGUCCCAGCCCCCCUCCUCACCAGCAGAACACACCGGCGUGCCUUACAGCCAGCACCACCAGCGCCCCCCAUCACCCCCCUCAGUACCUCAGCAUAGCCCCCCAGCUCCACGCUCCCACAGACAGAAGAGGGAUCAGACCCCCUCCCAGCCCUCUGCUACAGAGCCUCCCCACCGCAACAGCAGCCACAGAGUUUUAGGCUUCACAGCCCUGAGCUCCUCCUGCCCCUCUGGCCUCUCCAGCUCCACCACUCCUAGUAAGGCCAGUGGGAAGAAAGACCCUCCACCCAAUCAGAGGAGUCCUGACACUGCCGCUGGCACACCCCAUAAACGGGGACCAAGGACCCCCUCACCCAGUCCCACUCCUCCCACUCUCUCUGCCUCCCGCACAGGGCUAGGCUCAGAGCCCCAGACCCCACCCAGCUCUCCCCAGGAUAGACCUACUGUCAACAACAACAGACCUACUGUCAACAACAACAGAUCUACUGUCAACAAGCCAGGGCUUCAGCCUCAUCGACACAAACAGACAGAGAGGACCCAUAAGGAUAAAGAAAGUCGAGUGGAGAGAGGCGAGGUGGGAAAGAGGGAACCAACGAGGAAGAUGGAGAAGAAGACGGAGGAGAGGAAAAGGAGAAAGGAGAAAGAAGCGAAAAGGGAGGAUGGGGUAAAGAAUAAGUUGAGGGACAAGGUGGAGAGAAAAAAUAGGAAAGAGGAAGGGAGGAAGAUGGAGAAAAGGGAGGAGAGUCUUAGGGCUAAGCAGCUGGAGAAAGCAGAGAUGGGAUGCUCAAAUUCCCCACGUGAAUCAUCCCUCCCUCCAUCAGUAUGGCCUUCCUCCCCUAAGACUCAGUCUGGAUCUAGGGUUCCAGGGAAGCCAGGCCAACCCUCCCAGACACCAUCCACCGCUGGCAAACACAGACACAGAGAGAAGGGCCAAGGAAGAGGUCGAACGUCCCAUGACCACAGCUCUCCAAAUACCUCAGAGACAGUGCCACCUGCUGGCCCGCUUGCCGCCCAUCCUAAUCAACCCUCACCACAUCCAUCCAAACACAAAAAGUCAAGGAGGGGAGGGACCCUGUACAAGUCAAACCCAGCUCAACCCAAACACCCCGUCAAGGGCUCACCACUGCCAACCUGUCCCCCACCCACCACCACCACCACCAUUAACAUCAGCAGCACCAGUAAGACCAGUCCUCAGCCCACCAGCCCUCCAAAACCUUCUAAAUACAGCACAGAGGAGAAGGCUGAUUCUACCCCCUCCACACUCUCAUCCAAAACCCCAGCAGCUCCCACUGUGGCUGGGUCAGCGGGGUCCAUCCCAAGCCAGCAGAACCAGACAGAGACAAUGGGUGUGUGUCCAGAAGGGGGGGUCCUGCGGGCCCCAGAUCUCCAGCCUGCGGCGGGGGUGGGCAGUGUGGAGGAACUGGGAGACAACCCCCCUGCCAGCCCCCCUGUGCUCAGCUGGCAAGGCUCCCCAGCAUCAGCCCUGAGUGAGGAAGAAGAGGAGGAAGAGCAGGGAGGAGUGAUGAGGAGACCCGUCCUGCAGCCCAGCCCCACCCACAGCCCGUCCAUCUCACCCCCCCAUGGGAACUUAGAGGAGCUCAAUGAGAAGGCAGAGGGGGUCAGUGAGGGGAGGGGUGCUGAUGAGCUUCGCCAUAGCGACUUGGCCAAGCUCUAUGGCCUGCCUGAUACUCCCAAUGGAGUGGAAGAGGAGGAUGAGGAAGAGGAGGACAGUAGUGGGGACACUUCAUCCAGCUCUCUGCCUCCCCGUCGGCCACACCUCCACCAGACAGGAGUGGCUGAUGUCUUCAAGUCUUUGGCCUCGUUCCUGGGGGGCCAGAGGUACACAUAUCGGGGCGGUCCGUUUGGGCGUCCUCCUCCUAGCUCCAUGGGAGGAGUGAAGUACUCUUCCUCCCUCGCCAUGGACCCGGAAACCAACUGUCAGGACCAGCAGUGUCCCUCCCCGACAUCUGACUCCACCACGCCCCCACGACUCACUACCCAAUCACCCACUCACACUACCUCAGAUCCGCCUUCUAAACCCCGUCCUCCCUUAGACCUCAACCAACCACAACUCUCUGUGGGGGAGCGCACGAAACAGAAGCACGCGAGAUUGGAGGAGAUUCAGAAUGAGAGGAAGAAGGAGCGGACUAAGGGUGUAGACAGCGGGGAGACAGCCGGGUCUCUGAGCGCUGAGCUGAGGUUGACCACCACACACCGCCUCCCUGCCACCACCAAGGAGGAGCGGGGGCAGAGGGAGGUACGCAGGCGGACAGGCAGGAAGAGGGUACAAAGCGGUGCAGAUGGAAACAGGGAAGAGGAUGGGAAAAGGAAGAGAAGGAAACAAGAUAGCAGUCAUCAGAGGAGUGGAGGCAAUGAAAAGAAGAAGAUAGAAGAAAAGAGAGACAGAAAAUCAGCCUCCUCCAUUACGUUGUCCUCAUGUACACCACCCCCCAGUAGCCCGGUCAAGCAGCUCAAAGACACUAAGAAGAGCCGUCCGAUUCCGGGGAACCUCGGCCUCCAGAGCAAAGGCAUCCAGGGACAGAAAGACAAGGCGCACACAGGAAACACUGAGCAGGGGGCACAAUCGACAGUGAGGAAGGAGGAGAGGUGCAGUGAGCCUGAAACCAUGAUGUCCACACCAGGCAGCAACACAGACACAGUGGUAACCGCAACUAGCACCAUCAACACUCCCUCUACUGCUACCCCCACCCCGGCCCCGCCUGCUGCCCCAGUGAGGAGGACCCCCUGUCCCCUGGCUGCUGCUGAUUUCCUGAAGCUGAAGGCCCUGUCCAUGGGCCCUCCCAAGGAGCUGAAGAUCCGUCUGAUCAAGGUGGAGAGUGCAGACAGAGAGACGUUCAUCGCCUCCGAGGUCGAGGAGCACCGGAUCCCCCUAGGAGAGGUCAGCAUCAGACACACAGCCAGCGAGGUCAUCAGGGCCUGCAAGGGGGCGAAGGUAAAGGGGAAGUUUCGGGAGUCCUAUCUGCUCCGUGCUUUCUCUGUCAAGCCUGUUCUCAUCACCGACCCACCCAUCCCACGAGAGAAGCUUAACCCCCCCACACCAAGCAUCUACUUGGAGAGUAAGAGAGAUGCCUUCUCCCCAGUCCUCCUCCAGUUCUGUACUGAUCCCAAGAACCCUGUCACUGUCAUCCGAGGCCUGGCUGGAUCCCUCCGGCUCAACCUGGGUCUGUUCUCCACUAAGUCUCUGGUGGAGGCCAAUGCGGAGCAUGCUGUGGAGGUGAGGACCCAGGUGCAGCAGCCUGCUGAUGAGAACUGGGACGCCACUGGUUCAGGCCAGACCUGGCCUUGCGAGAGCAGCCGCUCACACACCACCAUCGCCAAGUACGCCCAGUACCAGGCCUCCAGCUUCCAGGAGAGCCUCCAGGAAGAGAAGGACAGUGAGGAUGAGGAUAAGGAAGAACAAGAAGAGAAGCAGGCUCCGUCCUCUGACCCAUCAACCACCGCUGCGUCUGGCGCCAGCAAAGCCAACCCUUCUGUGGUUGCUAGCAAAGCCAACCCUACUGUGGUUGCUAGCAAAGCCAACCCUUCUGUGGUUGCUAGCAAAGCCAACCCUUCUGUGGUUGCUAGCAAAGCCAACCCUUCUGUGGUUGCUAGCAAAGCCAACCCUUCUGUGGUUGCUAGCAAAGCCAACCCUUCUGUGGUUGCUAGCAAAGUCGGCCCAACCCCUAUUGCUAACACACUCAGGCCAGAGGCAAAAUCGACUGGAAAUAUCAUCAAAUUCGGCACCAACAUCGACCUCUCUGAUCCUAAGAGGUGGAAGCCCCAGCUGCAGGAGCUGCUGAAGCUGCCAGCCUUUAUGCGUGUGGAGUUCAAUGGAAACAUGCUGAGCCACGUGGGACACACCAUCCUGGGCAUGAACACCGUCCAGCUCUACAUGAAGGUCCCCGGGAGCCGCACGCCUGGCCACCAGGAGAAUAAUAACUUCUGCUCUGUGAACAUCAACAUCGGGCCGGGGGAUUGUGAGUGGUUUGCAGUCCAUGAGCACUACUGGGAGCACGUCAACAACUUCUGUGAGAAGCAUGGAGUAGACUACCUGACGGGGUCCUGGUGGCCUGUUCUGGAGGAUCUGUACCGCUCCAACAUCCCCGUGUACCGCUUCAUUCAGAGACCAGGGGACCUGGUGUGGAUCAAUGCAGGGUCCAUCCACUGGGUGCAGGCUGUGGGCUGGUGCAACAACAUCGCCUGGAAUGUUGGACCUCUCAACUCAUACCAGUAUCAGCUGGCUCUGGAGCGCUUUGAGUGGAACGAGGUGAAGAAGGUCAAGUCCAUCGUUCCCAUGAUCCAUGUCUCCUGGAAUGUGGCCCGCACCAUCAAGAUCACAGACCAAGAAACCUACAAGAUGGUCAAACAUUGUCUCCUACAGUCCAUCAAGCACAUCCAGAUUCUGAGAGAUCAGCUGGUUGCUGCAGGGAAGAAGAUCUCUUAUCAGAGCCGUGUGAAGGACGAACCAGCCUACUACUGCAACGAGUGUGACGUGGAGGUGUUUGACCUGCUGUUUGUGACCAGUGAGUCUGGCAAUAGGAAGACCUACAUGGUGCACUGUGAGGACUGUGCCCGGACUGUGUCCAAGAGCCCCUCGCUGGCUGGAGUUGUGGUGCUGGAGCAGUACCGCGUGGAGGAGCUGAUGAGAACCUACGACAGCCUCUGUGUGACUCCAUCACCCUGCUCCAAGUGAGGCCUCCUUCCUGUUGUCCAACAGCCAUAACCAAAACUCCUACACAGUGGCAGCACAGGCGUCGUCUUCAAGGAAUACUACUACUGCUAACACUUGGUGAACAGCCAACCAUGUUUACUCAGUGUUGUUUACAUCACCAUAAGAUAUUGUCCGUCAGCCAAUUGAAUUCCAGCUCACUGUCUUCCCCUCCUACCAGCUGCUGAUUGGACUUGAGUCUUGAGAUAGAAUGACUAGACUGGUACAACUACUCGUUAAAAACAUGUCAGACAACUACAGAAAAUGUGAACAUAGUUAGCACUGAAAAAUCAGGUCUUAUUUAAAACGGACACUGCUGUGAUUCAAAAGCGUCAAGUAGCCGGUAUAUGGUGCAUUAAUUCAGGUACUUUUAUGCAAAUCCAAUGGAACUUUUUUACACCAAUCUAGUUAUUCUACACCCAUGAAUUUACUGUGUUGCGACGCUAACAGCAGGGGAAUCGCUUCACUAGCAAAGUAGCCAAUAGUCUCAAUGAAAUUACAUUGUUUUGGUUUUGUUUUCUAUUCAGGUGAACUCUGACAUUUAUAAUUCCUGUCUGUAUACUCUUUGGGGUGCUAUUUCCAUUUCAUUUAUUCUGACCUAGGUAUUUAAAAAGUUUAACCAGCCUAGAAGUACACCUCAUUGGCCUUGCGAACUGUAUUUAGAUGAAAGGGAAAAAUGCAAACAUGCAGAAAAUGUUUUCAAAAAAGCGUUUAGGAAUAUUCAUUUAAGAAAUACGGGUUUACGAGAGGACGAAUCUGGUUUCACUCUUUGUUGGAAAUCAAGUCUGUUUUUUUUUGUGAUUUUAGUUUUUGCAUAAUAAUCCUAAAUAAUGUUUGGUAGAGAGAGAGAUGUGAUUGCUACAAUAUACCCUAAAAAGGAUCCGCCUUCCUUUUUCUUUUGAUAAAUGGUAUCGUUCUCCCUGUUUUCAUACCUCUUUUUUUGGUUGCUAUCUCCUUCUUUUCUGGAUUACAGAGAAAAUGGAAGAAUUGUAAAUUGUGACUUUAUUUACACAUGUAUAUGUAUUGUUUUGUUAAAUGUAUUUAUUGCAUAUUGAUGGUGCUUCUCUGGGGACACCAGCUAUUUUUAAAGUUUCCUAUUGUGUGUGGACAGGGAAGGGCAAACAGGGGGAGGUUGGAUUUUAAUGGUGCUCAACCCCCUCUUGCCUCGCCCAACCCCUCACUAACUGUGUAUAAAUGAUCUAUGAAUAUAAGUCAAUGAAUAUAACUGAAACCGAGAGGUUGGUGCUUAGAACCGCGUCAUUACGCUUACUGGUAAAUGAAUAGAAUGAUGUCUUUGUACUGUAUCUAACUGAUAAAAACAAUACCUUUUUUCAACUUUUUUGCAUUAAUACGAAAUUCAUAAAAUUGUGACGCAUUUGUGAUUUUAUGAUGGAUAUUAUCAGUAUUUGUAGUUUUAGCCACUUUUGAACGAGACUUUUAGGGAUGUAUAGCGAGGUGUGGGUUUGGGUUCCUUCCGUGUUCUGUCCUCAUGAGUAUCAUUUCAAGGUUGUAAUCUUGCUCUCCUCUGACUGUUUAUUGAAGAUGCACUGUUUUAAAAGAAGAAAAAAAACUCCUAUCAAAGGAGGCCUGAUCCAGACCUGUCUCAAACACCCUGUGAUGUUUCUGUGACAUUAUUGUGAGUAAUAUUAAUGCAAAUAAAAGCAAAAUGUUUGAAGGAA